GGUUGCAGAGGAAGUGUGUAUUUAUUUUCUAUUUUCUACUAUAAUAAAUUACCACAAGGUUAAUGACUUAAAAAUACAAAAUUUUAAUAUUGAGUUCUGGGCCCUCACGUGCCAAAAGCCACCUGGUGUGGCAACUGCACACCACUCUGCAUCCUACAGCGUGGAUCCUCUGCAUGUGCUUUUGGGAGAUGAGCUCACUGAAAUGGCCAUGUCCAGUCAAGGACACUUUGAGGGAAAUUUUGAGUCUCUGGAUCUUGCAGAAUUUGCUCAAAAUCAGCCAUGGGGGAAUAAGAUGUUUGGACAGGAAUCUGGAUCUCUGGCUAAAAAGUAUCCUGUGGCAACCCAGCUGUUAAUUGGAAGCUUCACUAGAUGAUGCAUGGAGUUCAUAUUCCAAAAGGGAAAAUUGGCUGCAACAGCUGUGGGGGGUGAAUUUUUUCUCCUUCAGCUUGCAAGUCAUACUGAGUACAUCAAAGAUGACUGGCAACAACUGGAGGAGGACAUGAAGAAAGCAAAAGAACAGCUGAAGAUCCAUAAAAGCAAUCAGAUACCUACUGAGGUCAAGAGCAAAGCUGAGGAGGUGGUGUCAUUUGUGAAGAAGAAUGUUCUAAUGACUGGGGAAAUUUUCAGAGGUCUUCUGCUUGGCAUGGCAUCAUAAGGAGGAUGACCUCAUUUCUAUUGUUCUUGUUUUUUUUCCAGCCACCAGCCUCUAUACUCCAUCAUAGGGCAUAGAGCCCUGCCUCUUAUUUUCCCAUGACUUCCUCCCUGCUGUGGCAAAUCCAAAUGGCUUUGGGAAGCAUCUGUUGGUAUAAGUUAAUAUGGUCCUACCUUGAGCUUGAUGGUGGCAGAAGAGACAAUAGAUAUUAGUUCUCCUUCCAGUCACUAUUAAAGAUAUGCUUUACUCAGAAAAAAAAAGGAAAAAAAGCUCUGGAUGCCAAAAGUUUGAAAUGAGUGUCACUGGGCUAAAAUUAAGAUAUUGGCGUGCCUUUUCUACGUUCCUUGGAUUGUAGAACUCUGCCUACAUUCCUUGGAUCACAGCCUUCUUCCUCUAUUUUCAAGCCAGUAGCAUUGGGCUGAGUCUUCCUCACACUGCCAUCUCCCUUGUUCUCUCUUCUGUUUCCCUCUGCUACUGUUAAUAAGCAUUGUAUUUACAUUGGGCACACCUGUAUAACUCAGGACAUUCUCCCUAAUUUCAGACCAGGUGAAUAGAAGCCUUUAUUUUAUCUACCACCUUAAUUUCUCUUUGCCGAAUGUAUUCACUGGUUCCAGAGAUUUGAGCAUGGACAUCUUUGACUGGCUAUUAUUUUGAGCGGAAGGUCAAAGAGAGGACAGGUGUUAGUAGUCUGUGGAAAAAGCAGUAUCUAGGAAAUAUUUGGUAGAGGAGUGAGGGAGCCUUAAGAGAUUGGUAGAUUGAGGGAAGAACUUGAUAGAAAGUAAGAAUCUUAAAGCUAUAUGAGGUGAGGGAUAGCCAAGAAAGGUCUUAGCACAGUGAUACUCAAUGUGGGGUUGGGAUGAGGGCAUUAUAUUUCCACAAGGCAGCAUAUGAGUCUUAGAGGGUAGGUUAGUGGUCUGAAAUUAAAACAGUAUUUUUUGUAGUCCUAGAAUUUGUUUUUGUCAUAUUUAAUGGCAUUUGAAUUUAAAAUACUGAAAAAUGUAUAACACUUUAUACUUUUCACAGAAAGAGAUAGGUUUUGGAAGAGUAGAGAAACACUAACUGAUAAGUUGAUCAGGGAGAUAGGAUCAGAAAUAAAUAAGUAAGGCUGGAUUUUGAAAAGAGAGGUGACAUUUCUUCCUCUGACCCAGGAGAGUGAGCGAAUGACAGGCUGGGUAAAAGUUUGGAUGGACUUUGGUAAUAAACGGAUUCAGAAGCAGGUGUGCUGCAGUAAGCAAGUUCUUUGACUGGAAAACUCUUGAUUUUGGCCUGAUGCAGCGACUCACGCCUGUAAUUCCAGCACUCUGGGAGCCCAAGUGGGUGGAUCACCUGAGGUCAGGAGUUCAGGACCAGCCUGACCAACAUGGAGAAACCCCGUCUCUACUAAAAAUAAAAAAAAAAAUUAGCUGGGCAUGGUGGCGCCUGCCUGUAAUCCCAGCUACUCAGGAGGCUGAGGCAGGAGAAUCACUUGAACCCAGAAGGCAGAGGUUGCAGUGAGCCGAGACUGCACCAUUCCACUCAGCCUGGGCAACAAGAGUGAAACUCUGUCUCAAAAAAGGAGAAAAGAAAAGAAAAAAAGAAAGAAAAAGAAAAAGAAAGAAAGAAAGAAAAGAAAAAAUCCUAUCAUAUCAUAUCCUAUCAAUCCAAUCCUAUCAUAUCCCAUCUAUUUUUGUGAAUAAACUGAUUUUGAUGAAUAGUAAAAUAAUUAAGAGCCACUGCCUUAAUCAUUCUAGACAGUAAAAAUAAAUAACUUCUCUCACUGAUGGAUGAUUCCAGAGUUUUAUCUAAAUUCUGUGGAAUGGUUGAAAAUUGCAGAAUAAUUUUUUUCCCGAGGUUCUUUUUUUU